GAAGGGGACAGUCUUUCGCUCCAGACGUUUCACCAGUUGAUCAAACACAAUUAACGAUCAGAAAAUUCAGAUCUGGCUUGUUUUCAGAUCAAAUCGGAUAAUCGGAAUCAGAUCUUCGAUCGGUAGAAUUUCAUCUUUCUAGAUUAUGGAAGAAAGCAAGCACAUACGGAUGCGUUGUUCGUUGUUGUUCGCUUCGCUUUUGAUCAUAGAUUGUUUCGUUUCAGAGAUAUACGCUUCUUCUGACAGUACUAUAUUUUAUGAAUCAUUCAAUGAAUCGUUUGUAGGGAGUUGGAUCGUCUCCGAGAAUGAACACUAUUCAGGUGUAUGGCAACACUCGAAGAGCGAGGGACAUGAUGAUCAUGGGCUUCUUGUGAGUGAGAAGGCUAGAAAGUAUGCUAUUGUGAAGGAGCUUGACAAACCCGUGGAGCUCAAGGACGGUACAACCGUCCUCCAAUUCGAAGUUCGGCUUCAGAAUGGUCUCGAAUGUGGUGGCGCAUAUCUGAAAUAUCUCCGUCCACAAAACGCCGGUUGGACAGCCAAAAGAUUUGACAACGAAUCUCCUUACUCUAUAAUGUUUGGUCCUGACAAAUGUGGUGCCACAAAUAAAGUCCAUUUCAUCUUGAAGCACAAGAACCCCAAGACUGGAGAAUAUGUUGAACACCAUCUCAAAUCUCCUCCUUCAGUCCCUUCAGACCGAUUGACCCACGUAUACACCGCGAUCCUGAAGCCAAAUAAUGAGUUGCGGAUCUUAGUUGAUGGAAAAGAGAAAAACAAGGCCAAUUUCAUGUCAUCUGACGAUUUCGAGCCAUCACUAAUCCCUGCAAAGAUGAUCCCUGAUCCAGAUGAUGAGAAACCCGAAAAUUGGGAUGAGAGAUCAAAGAUUCCAGACCCGGAUGCAACUAAACCGGAUGAUUGGGAUGAGAAUGCACCGAUGGAAAUUCUAGACGAGGAAGCUACAAUGCCGGAAGGAUGGCUAGAAAACGAGCCGGAGGAAAUCGACGAUCCCGAGGCAUUGAAGCCUGAAGAUUGGGACGAUGAGGAGGACGGUGAGUGGGAGGUUCCGAAGAUUGAGAACCCGAAAUGUGAAUCUGCACCGGGUUGUGGAGAAUGGAGGAGGCCAAUGAAGAGGAACCCGGAUUAUAAGGGUAAAUGGCAUGCUCCUCUUAUCGACAAUCCGAAUUAUAUGGGUAUCUGGAAACCUCGUGAAAUUCCCAACCCGAAUUAUUUCGAACUCGAUAAGCCCGACUUUGAGCCAAUUGCUGCUGUUGGUAUUGAGAUCUGGACAAUGCAAGACGGUAUCUUGUUCGACAACAUUUUGAUCGCGAACGACGAGAAGAGCGCAAAAUCGAUCAGGGACUCGACAUGGAAACCCAAGUUUUCUGUGGAGGAAGAGAAACAAAAAGCAGAGGAAAAAGCAGCAGCUAGUUUUGAGGGUCUCAAAGGGAUUCAGAAAGCUGUGUUUGAUGGUCUGUACAAGAUUGCAGAACUACCAUUCUUGGGUGCACACAGGACAAAACUUUUGGAACUUGUGGAGAAGGCUGAGGAACAACCAAAGAUUACAGUUAGCGUCGUCGUUUCAAUUGUUGUCAUCAUCUUUAGCAUCUUAUUGAGGAUGUUAUUUGGUGGCAACAAAGCAGUUCAAACCAAAGGAAAGGUGAAGGUGGCAGUGACGGAGAAGGAUGAAGGAGAGAGCAGGAUGAGCAAAGAGGAUGCAAAUGCUCCUCGUAAGAGAAAUGCAAGGCGUGACAACUGA